AAAAGAGGGGUCUCUGUUUAAUGUGCUUGUGGACUCCGUACAGGGAUUAAAGAUUUGUAUGUGAGCUUCUGGAUGAAAGUGUGUUUUGCUACGGUGUUGACUCCACUGGGGCCCUCUGCUCACCUGACACUGGACAGGAGAGUGAUGAAGAUGAGAGGAAGAGGUGCAAAGAGAAGAGCUGUUUAUUUUCUUUCUUUUUUUCUUUUUUUUUUAAAUAUGAAUAUUUAACUUUAAAAAGCUUUUUUUCUGUGGUCUGUUAUGUGGUUAAACCAAUUUUGAAAUAUGUUGAAUCUAAUGCCUUAAAACCUCUAAAAUAAUGGAAAAUGUGGCAGAAAAAUGACAAAAUGCUACUCAUAAUUUAGUCAGACUGUACCCAACUGAAAAGCCAGGAAAUGGUUUAUAUACUCCAAUUUAUACAAAUACUCACAUACACACAUCUCAAAGUGCAGAACAGCAGGAACACUGUAGGCUGUGUACGGUGGCUCUCUUUCACUUCCGCCCCAUAAAUGUGUGUUUGCUAUACAAGGGAACACGGGGAGAAAAGAGGAAUUCAUGUUGGUGUUUAUUUGAGCUUUGGCCAAAUCCAACCUUGGGGCACCAGCGUUGGUGUGCUCUGCUCCAAACCCCAGUCGCUCCUGUACCCCCAGCCAGACACACACACGCAUACUGUACACACACUAAAGGAGCUGAGCACAUGCAAGGCAAAUUUAGGACUUUUACAUACACACUUACCUGUCCAUCCCAAUCAUAUGAAGGUGUGUUUGUCUUUCCCUGCCCACCGUUUUAGGUCCUCCUAGAGCAGGUAUUUCCCUCUCUUUCCCACAGACGUGCACGCAUCCACGGACACACUUUAGCUGUGGUGGGGGGGCUGUUUGUGGGCUGAGUGUGUGAAGCUCUUGCAUUGAUAACCUGCAGCUCAGAGUCACUUGGUCUCACUUUGUGGCCAUCCCCAUCGCCUGGAACUCCCUUCGCCUUGCUCUGUCUCCUUUCUGCUUCUAACUCUAGGACCAUCUGCGGCCGCGCUCUGACCUCCACCUUUAGUUGUCACCAUGACGCCUUCCCCGCCGCUUUUCCUGCUGCUGCUGCUGGGCCUUGUCGGAGCUCAAGCCACCUUGGACCUUCGCAUGGCUGCUGCCAUGGCAGCAGGGUUGUGCAAAACCCGCCCCACAGACCUCGUGUUCAUCAUCGACAGCAGUCGUAGCGUUCGCCCAUCAGAGUUUGAGCAAGUAAAGGUCUUUCUGGCCAAAGUCAUUGAGGGGCUGGAUGUUGGACCCAAUGCAACCCGUGUGGGAGUUGUCAACUAUGCCAGCCGUGUCAAGAAUGAGGUGUCCUUGAAGACUCACCGCACAAAAGCUGGGCUAAUCAGGGCUGUGACCAAAAUCGAGCCCCUGUCCACUGGAACAAUGACUGGUCUGUCUAUCCAGUUUGCUCAGAAUGUGGCCUUCAGUGAGGCUGAGGGUGCUCGUGCCAAAUCUCCUGAUAUCAGCAAGGUUGCUAUUAUAGUGACAGAUGGGCGUCCUCAAGAUAAUGUGAAGGAUGUGGCUCAGCGUGCACGAGAUGCAGGCAUUGAGAUUUUUGCCAUCGGUGUGGGACGUGUAGACAUGAGCACUCUGAGACAGAUGGCCAGUGAUCCUCUGGAUGACCAUGUGGACUAUGUGGAGAGCUACAGUGUUAUUGAGAAGCUCACCAAGAAGUUCCAGGAGGCCUUCUGUGUGUCGGACCUGUGUGCCACUGGGGAUCAUGACUGUGAGCAGGUAUGCAUCAGCACCCCAGGAUCAUACAAGUGUGCCUGCAAAGAUGGCUUUACCCUCAUGGAUGAUGGCCGCAGCUGCAGUGCUUGUAGCAAUGCUGCGACAGAUGUGGUGUUUCUGAUCGACGGCUCUAAAAGCGUCCGUCCUGAGAACUUUGAGCUGGUUAAGAAGUGGAUCAACCAAAUCGUCGACAAACUGGACGUCUCUGAGGCCAAAGCCCACGUUGGACUUGUGCAGUACUCCAGCACUGUCAGACAGGAGUUUCCUCUCGGCCGAUACAACAACAGGAAAGACCUGAAAGACGCUGUGAAGAAGAUGGCCUACAUGGAGAGGGGAACCAUGACAGGCCAGGCACUGCGUUACCUGUCAGACAACAGCUUUAGUCCCGGUCAGGGUGCCCGGCCUGGAGUCGCAAAGGUGGGCAUCGUCUUCACUGAUGGACGCAGCCAAGAUUAUAUCGGAGAUGCCGCUAAGAAGGCAAAGGAGAAUGGCUUUAAGAUGUAUGCUGUCGGAGUGGGUAAUGCAGUCGAGAAUGAGCUGAAAGAGAUUGCCUCUGAGCCGACUGGAGAGCACUACUUCUACACCGCUGACUUCAAGACCAUGAACCAGAUUGCCAAGAAGCUGCAGAUUAACAUCUGUCAAGAGGAGGACCCUUGUGAAUGUGACUCCCUUCAAAAGUUCCAAAAGAAAGUGGAAGAUGCCCUACAGGCACUAACAAAAAAAUUAGAGAAUAUGUCGAAGAGGAUCGCUCUGCUGGAGAACAAAAUCGUCUGAGGACUCACAUCCUACUCUUCUCAUUUACACAACCAUCCAUGCACAAACAGACACAUAUUUUUUUUCUUUCUUUCUUUUUUUUAUUUUACUUCCAGUAAAACAUUGUGUGUGUGAACCUUCACCUCUGCUUCUACACUGAGCCCUCUAAAAGCUUCAAACCACAUCUUGUCUGAUCUACUCUUGAGUGUCCUGGGACCCAAAACACCAGUUUCCAUGGGGACCAUGCCUUAGUGUGUGUGUGUGUGUGUGUAAGUCUGCGGGUGUGUGUGUGAUCCAAAGUCAUCCUCCCAUAGCCAGCCUGUGUGUUCGUUAAUAAAAGUCUUCCCUCAUAGGGAAACGGUGA